AUGGCACAGUUGGUGGAUAUAAAUGAGCUACCAGUAGUGGAUGGCAAGAAAGACAGGAAAAUAUGGAUUUGGUCAAAGACAGGUGAAUUCACAGUUGCAUCUGCUAUGAACUGCAUAGGGAAAAAAUUCCCUGAAAAAUAUUGGUCAAAGAAAAUUUGGAAAAAAACUUUUCAUCCAAGUAUUUCAAGUAAUUUGUGGAAAAUCCUAAGAGGUGUAUGGAGCACAGAUGAAAACAUGAGGAGAAAGGGUCUCAAUUUAGCUUCAAGAUGCUCCUUUUGCAAAAUGGCUGAAGAAAAUACAGAACAUAUUUUGUGGUAUUGCAACUUCAGUGAGAGAAUUUGGCAAUGGCUGGGAGGUAUGUUCUCUUUCUUUAAUCCUAUAUCAAUUGAUGAGAUACUCAGCUUAGCAUAUUCCAAAAGCCCUGCAAUUAAGGAGAUCUGGAAGACUGAUGCCUUCAUAACUAUGAAGAAAAUAUGCUUCCUAAGAAACAGAGCAGUUUUUGAUGAUAUACAACCAAAUGCUAAAGAACUAAAGCUCAGGAUAUCGCAGUGCACAAAAGAAUAUGAAGAGAGUGAAGCAUGUCAAGAUACAGGAAAUUUUGGAGAUCAAAUCUUAUUAUGUUGUGAUGGUGCAGCAAGGAAUAACCCAGGAGAGGCUGGAUAUGGUUUUGUUGGGAGAGAUUCAUAUGGCACUGUCUUAAUUGCUGUUGCAGGGGGAAUGGGCAUUACAACAAAUUUCAUGGCAGAGGUGUAUGCAAUAAUCAAUGCAUGUGAAUGGGCUAUUAGCAAGGGUUUCUUGAAGAUUUGUAUUAGAUCUGAUUCCAAAGCAGCUAUAACUUCUUUUUCAUUCAAUAAAGUCCCUUGGUAUGUACUGACAAGAUGGAACAGAAUAACUGAAAUGCUGAUAAGCUGUCAGUUCAUUCAUAGCUAUAGGGAAGUUAAUUUUUCUGCAGAUGAUCUUGCUAAGAGAGGGGCUCUUCUUCCUAGGGGUGGAAAGAAUAUUUUCUUAAGUAGACCUCCUUUCAUGUCAAACAUGGAGAAUCCUAAUAUUAGUUAUUACAGGUUUAGUUAA